AUAAAUAUUAGACCCAUUAUCAAUCUCUCUAGACUAGCAAAUUUUCACUUUGCUGUUAUUAUUUUUUUGAAAGUUUAUUAUAAACUGCGUAUGUGAAACACCCUUCUUAAUAACCUUUAUUCACUAAGAAGCUUUUUUAUUUAGAUAACAAAGAAUCUUAUUCUAAAAAUCAUUCCAUACUUUGCCAUAUAAUCAUUCCAAAGCUGAUCAACGGUCUUCCCCGGCAGCUCAACAAAAUGAUUUGGAAUAUAACCAUUUCUCAUUUUCUUGUCCAUUACAGUAAUCCAAAAACCCAGCAGUAACAUCGUAGCCUUUGCCCCAACCUUAUCCCUCCCCUGGCGACGCCCAGUGGCUUGGUAGAUACCCAGAUUUCAACCUCACAAAGUCUGCGAUUCCUUCAAUCAACCAACCUGGAUCUGUUCUUUAUUAUUCCAUUGCCCUAUACGGCUCAUCUCACGACAAAUAAACCCCAUGACCUCCUUCUUUAAUUACGGCAUUCCCCUUGGUAAUCCUUGAGGUGCCCUGUAUAUAUUGACAUGAAUCUGGGCAUUCGUUGCGAAAUCAUGAUCCACGUCCUUUCUAUCUGCAGCAUUGUUUUGCUGGAACAGCCACCAUAUGAAAUCUAUGGCAGAUAUUGUUGAUGUGCAACUCUGAAUGCCAGAAUCUUAUUAUGAAUACUCAAAUCUUCUUCCUUGAUAUGCAAGAAAAGGUAAACAACAUGAAGAAUGUUAAGAGUACUAAUGGGAUGCUGGCAAAAUACACUUUUGUGUUUAGUAGUGAAUUUGAAGUAUUCUAAAACUCAGUGUAGACUCAGAAUGAUGUACCUUUGCAGAGUGUAACGGUUGGGUUUAAGUAACAAUGUGUCUUUGAUUUUCAAGAAUCCUUAUAGGAUUCGGAAUCCUAAUCCCAAAGAGUAUUGAAUCAGAGAGUUAUUUAUUGAGUUGCAGUUGACUCAUAGAAAGGUCCUUUCGAUAUUAGUCUUCUUCAGACAUCCCAAUCAUAUUUAUUCUUGACGUGAAUACCUUUCAAUUUGGUCUUGUUCCAUUCAGCUUUAGAUUCAUUUAAUACGUGAUUUGCCUCUCAGUUUAGUUGAUAUAAUAUCAACUCCAAUCGUAUCAAUUCAGAUUGUAUAAAGAAUUAAUUCAUCUCGGAAGCAUAUAGUAUCUAAAUAAUUGAUCAUAUGACCAAUCAAGCAAAUGUGAGAAUUUAUUCUUCUCAGAAACAACCUUCUUAGCCGAUAUUACAGUGGAAACCAUAAAAGCUAUUUUUAUCAGCCGUGAGGUGUUUCAAUUAAGAGAGUAAAGAUAAAUUAUUAUGGUUUGUGGAGAAGCACUAAAUGCACUUAACCUUAUUGUGUUGAGCUGGCAGCCAUGAUAUGAAUACACGUGUUACAACCAGAAAUGCACACAUGGAAAGAGAAAUUAAAUUGUUGCUUUAACAUAGACCGUUCGUUUGAAUUUCAAAUUUGAGAUCUUAACUGUUCAUCUAGGAUUUAAAACCCAUAUCUUCUCCUCCAUUUCUCCAUGUUUGCCAUUUUCAAACCUUUGAGUUUUUUUGAAAACCAAACUCCUUGAAGCUAGAAAACAUUCUUCAAUUUUUUCAUGUUUGCAAAUUCAGUCUAAUCUUAUUUUACAUCAAGCUUCUUUGUUUGUGUUCAUCAGUGGUUUCGGUUCUGAACAUCUGAUUCACCAACCUUUGAUACGUUGCCACUGCAUUUUUCAAUCUGAAAGGUAUCACUUUGUAGCGAUAAGUGCCUCUUUUAAUCAUGAAAGAUGUUGUUUCUUAAUUAUUAGGACGCAUCAAAAUUUGGUUGUAUCCUAAGAAUGCAUCCAUAAAGCUCAUCACUUCAUGUCUUGCAAUUGUAUCAUCCAGCAUAUAUCUUGGAAAGCGAAAAACUAUUUUUGAGUAGGCCUUGUUUAGACCAGUGAAAUCUAUACAGAUCCCAUUUUUUCCAUUUUUCCUUUUAACUACUAAGAGAUUGGCUAGCCAAUCUAGAAAUUCGAAUUCUUAGAUUAAAUCAUGUUCUUCAAGCUUAUUAACAUCCCUAUUGAUUAUUUGAUUCCUUUCGAAUAUGUACUUUUUUCUCGUCUGCUAAAUUUGCUUAUAAGUGUUAAAAUGUUAAAUAAUAAUUAUAAUAAAUAAUUUGUAAUUUCAUGGCAAAAUCAGCAAUUUAAGAAGUGUUUGUAAAAGUAUACUUAAUAUGAGGGACAAAGUUUUCUGUGAACAAUGUGUGCCAAGGUGGAAUCCUUGUUGGUACACAUGACCAAUAAAAAAAUGUCAUAUAUAACAUAGUCAUUUAAAAAAUCCACUUCACCUUUUUUAUAUUGUUAACCCCGUUAACCCUCCAUUAUCCCAUUUCUAUUUUAUUUUGAUAAGGAAAGAACCAAAUAUUAGAAAAUAUAAUGGAAUAAAAGACGUAGAAAUAGAGAUAUAUUUUGAAACCCUAGAACUUUCAGUUUUUCCAUAUAGCUUGCUUUUCAUCUUUUUGCUUUUGGACUCUUGCGCAUGCUCAAAAGUAUGGACACUACUGGUCCAGGUAAGUAACGAUUUCCAUUCAAUAUUUAUUCUUUUAUCUGGUUUACACGUUUAGUUUAAUAUAUUGUUGCAUAAGAUGAUGUAUAAUCAAACUUUUAUAUGAUAUUAUUUAAUUUGCUUCAAUUAUCAAUUAUUUUUCUAUGAUAAAACUGACUGUAUAGAGAAAUAAACAAACCAGAAAACGUACAGGUCCUAGAAAACAAGUGUAUAGCUCCCAAAAAAGGAACUCAUUUUUUUUUUUUUUUUUUUUGGGACCAAUGUACACCAAUUUGAAAAUAAAGGGGUCGAUAAGUUGGAUUUUAAAACGAAUAAUGUAAAAUAAAAAAUAAAAUAAAAAAUAUAUUUGGAGAAGCACAUAAGGUGAUUAUAUUGAUAUUUCAAAAGGCUCAAGAUAUUAAGAAAAAAAAAAAUGAAAAUAGAAAACCUACAACUAACAAGGUGCUAGUUGGCUUCGUAGUAAACUGCAACUCCAGAAUUUUACCUUUUAAAAAAUAUUUUUAAACAAAACAUUUAUAUAAUACUUCCUUAAUUUAUCAUAGCAAUUGUCUGAAGUAGUAAAGGGGAUGGAAAAAUGCAUGAUCCAAAAUUCCACUUUCUCAAAAAAGGAACUCUUUUUUUUUGUUCUUUUUUUUUUUUUUUUUUUAAUUUGUUUCAUUAUUCCUAUAUUGUGGAACCGCAAGAAACUUGCUAGAAACAUAACUUGUGUACAUACCGUGAACUGAAUUUUGAUUUUGUUUCCAUGUUUUUGAGUUUUUAUUAUUUUAUAGCUUACUAGAAGCAUAGCUUGCUUAGAAUAUUUAUAUUUCCUUAUUAUGAAUCUUUUUGAAAUUCAACAGUGAUAUAUGUUGGUAGUGAUGUUGAAGAAAUUGGAAAUAUAGAGUUUAUAAAUCGAAAAGAAAAUGAAGAUAGUAAUUUAAUGGGAAAGAUGGUAAACAGUGAAGAAGAAGCUUUCGAUCUUUACAAUGCAUAUGCAUUAAAGAUUGGUUUUAGCAUUCGCAAAGGAAGGGUCACAUAUUUUACCGGUUCAAAGAAUAGACGUACUCGUGAAUUUUUGUGUUCUAAAGAAGGUUUUAAGUUAGAUGGUGAUUUUGUUGAGGAGAAAAAAACAAAAAGAUUAGAAACUAGAACUGGUUGUAAAGCUUCUAUUCGCUUCCUAAAUGAAGAUGGAACUUGGAAAGUUGUUUCAUUUAUUUUGGAACAUAAUCAUGAGCUUGCAAAGCCAUCGGAAAGACAUUUAUUAAAAUCUGGCCAUUGUAUUUCAAAACCUAAGGCCAAUAUCAUAGAUUCCAUGGUCAAUGCCGGAAUAAGGACGAAGGAUGCUUUUUCAUACCUUGCAGAAGAAGUAGGAGGCAUUCAAAAUGUUGGAUUUACAAAGAGAGAUUGUUACAAUUAUGUUAGUAAGCAAAAAAUGAUGGUGAUUAGUGCUGGAGAUUCUCAAAGUCUAAUAAAUAUUUUCAAGGCAAGACAAGUUGAAGAUUCCAUGUUUUUUUACACUAUUCAAGUUGACGAAGAAAAUAGGAUGACAAAUUUUUUUUGGCGAGAUGGAAGAUCACGAAUUGAUUAUGACUGUUUUGGAGAUGUACUUGUUUUUGAUACUACAUACUGCACCAACAAAUACAAUUUAAUAUGUGCACCAUUUGUUGGUGUCAAUCAUCAUUGGCAAAAUGUGAUGUUUGGUUGUGCAUUCUUAUUGGAUGAGACAACUGCUUCAUUUGAAUGGUUAUUUAAAUCAUUUUUGGAGUCAAUGGGACACAAGCAACCAAUAACAAUUUUUACAGAUCAAGACCAGGCAAUGUCAAAUGCUAUAGAGAGAAUAUUUCCUAAUACACGACAUCGUCUAUGUCAAUGGCAUAUUUCAAAGAAUGCUCCAUCACAUUUGGGGGAAUUAAAUACAAAUUCUGAGUUUAAGUAUUUGUUUAAUAAGUGCCUCAAAGGUUGUGAUACAGAAUUGGAAUUUCAACAAAGUUGGGAUAAAAUGAUUCAGAAGUUUAACCUUAAAGAUCAUAAUUGGCUUAACAUGUUAUACAGGGUGCGAGCCAAGUGGAGUACUGCAUUUACUAAGGAUCUCUUUACAGGUGAAAUUAAAUCUUCCCAGAGAAAUGAAAGUACAAAUAAUGUUUUAAAUGGCAUAGCUAACAAGAUUAUAAGUCUAACCAAAUUUGUGAUUGCUUUUGAAAAUGUGGUGGCUGGAAUGCAUUCUUCAGAGAUGAAUGAGGAUUUUCGAUGUAAACAAGGUGCACCUAUAAAAGUAAUGAAAAAAGUGGAAUUUUGGAUCAUGCAUCUCAAGUGUAUACUUGUAAAAUGUUUAAAGUUUUUGAGAAAGAGUUGCUUGGAAGUAUUGCAACAACAUGGAAAGAGUUGUUUCUAGAGAUUCAUUUAGUAAAUUUGAAAUAUGUGAAUAAGGUAGUAAGAAAAUAUGUAUUGUGCACUUUAUUAAUGAAUGUGGAUCCGAAGUUGUUGUUUCUUGUUCUGGUAAAAAAUUUAAGUCAUUGGGUAUGUUGUGCUGCCAUACCUUGAGAGUACUUAGCAUAAAAAACUUUAAUAGAAUUCCAAAUCAAUAUAUUUUCAAAUGCUGGACAAAAGAAGCCAAAAAUGGGAUUAUGGAUUAUGAAGAAUCGCUGGUUCAUCAACAAGUGAAAAGGAUUCGAAGGUGGUUUGGUGUAAUAGUUUGAUUCGUAUUGCAAGUAACUCUAUCUAUAAAGGUUUUGACACAAGUAGCAAGAACCAUUUGUAAGAAAAAAAAUACUUGAGCUUGAGGAAGAAAUUGAAAGAGAAAUUAAAAAGAACAAGCUUAAGGAGGAUAUUGAUUUACGAGGUAAGGAAGUCAAUCAAGAAAAUGACAGUAAUAUAACACCAGUUUUAGAUCCACCACAAGCAAAGCCGAAAGGCUUAUCAAACUCUCGGCUCAUAAACCAUUUUGAGAAACGUAAAGUCAAGUCCACAGAAAGCUACAACUUCAGGUAAGAGUACUUUUCUUUUAUACUUGAAAUAGAAGUUGUAAUAUUAUUUGUAAUAUAUUUUAGAUUGCAUUAUGCUUUUUGUAUAAUAUAUUAUUUUUUAAAUUUUUAUAGGAAAAAAGAAGCAGCCAAGCCAAUCGGCUGUAAACCAUUUUGAUCAAUGGAAUAUCUCUCCUCAUGUAUCAAUGUGCAACCAGGUAUUGAUUAUUAAUUUAUUAAUUUUUUAUUUGGUUAUGAGAGUAAUAUUUAUUAAAUUCAUAAAUUGUUACUAUUGCUAUUAUGAUUUUUCACUUAGAAUCAGAGCUAUGCAAGUGUUCCUUUUACAACCAUGUUGCAAAGUGUUGAUGGAGUAUCUCAUUAUUAUUUGUAUUAAUUUCAAUAUUUAAAAUAUUAUUUUCAGGACUCAUCUGCCCAUCUUCCAUCUCUAUCAUAUCACUUUUCUCAGUCAAAUCUAAUAUUGAUGAAUGAAGUAAGUCAUUCUCCUUUUAUAUGUUGUAUGUUUGAUGAUUAGAGUUUUCUAUAUAAGUUACGAGCUCAUUUGGUGUUUUGAUUUUAUAUUAGGGAAUGCUGUUCAAACCCGACAAUACCUCUGACAUCUCAAGAACUAGAAUGGGAAUGGGAAACUUUUGAUCAAGCCUUGAGCCGCUAAAGUUCCUUUGAUGUUGACAAAUAAAUCGAUUGUCUUAUUUAAUAUAAAUUUACAUCAUUUUUGACAGAUUAUAAAGAUUUUUUUUUUAAUAAUAAUAAAGUUGUUUAUUUGAAUAUUUUCAUGAUUGAUUUGCUUGUUUCACCAAUUUUUUACUUUUGUAGUUUGAAUUCUUAUUACGUUAGAGUUACAUAGCAUAUUUUGUUUGCAUAAGGGAAAGCUGGAAAGUAAUGGGACAUUACACACAUAAAUGAAAUAUGUAGCAAGCAUAUGGUGUCAAAUUUAUGGUGAAAAGAGAAUGGGACAGGGCGUUUAAUAUGGCUAUGCUUUGAUUAAUAAUGGAAGUCUCUUUGACAAAUUUCGCCACAUGAAUUUUGUCACAAUCUUAUUGCAAUAUUCUUGUAACAUUAUAUUGUAAACACAACAUCUAUAAAACAAAUCCUUACAAGUCUUAAAAGGAUUGGUGAGGUUCUAAUUCUUUGUAAAUAUAACAUCUAUAUAAAGGAUUGAAAACCAUACAUUCAUAAUUAAAAAACAGAGCACAAUAGGUCUGGUUUUCAUUCUUUGUAAAACAUUUCAUUCUAAACAUCCACUAAAAGUCCUCAAACGACUCAAAAACAUAUACUAAAGUUUCAAAAUCAGGAACCAAUAUACCAAAUUUUUCAUCUUUUUGUAACAUUUCAUUAGAAAGAUAGCCACUAAAAAAAUCCAUUA